CCGUCUUUAUGCAUAUCCUGAAAAGUUUCCUUUUCCUUGCCCUUCACCAUGCUGCGCAUGCAGCCCGGCAAGGAAGUGGCGCCAGGCAGGACUCUCAUGACAUGUGGCAAGUGGCAUGGGGAAGGCAGGCAUCCAACAAUGAGGGCAACGAUGUUUCAAUCAGUGCCAGGCAGAUCGAUGAGGCGACGGACUCGGCUGCUGUACGAUAUCCAUUUUAUUGUAACCUAGAUCCCUUUCUGCCGGGAUGCCCUCUAGCUCCACCAACCCCCGAACCGACGACAACAGUAACGAAAACCACAAGCUCGACCAUUCAAACAUCUACAACGCUUAAGGCGACAACCGAAAAGACAACUACUGAGCCGACAACGACAACUGCAAAGACAACUACCCCAAAGACAACUACUGAGCCGACAACUACAACUGCAAAGACUAUUACCCCAAAGACAACUACUGAGCCGACACCGACAACUGCGAAGACAACUACCCCAAAGACAACUACUGAGCCCACAACAACAACUGCGAAGACAACUACCCUAAAGACAACUACUGAGCCGACAACUACAACUGCAAAGACUACUACCCCAAAGACAACCCACAAGCCCACAACGACAACUGCAAAGACAACCACUGAGCCCACAACGCCAACUGCGAAGACAACUACCCCAAAGACAACUACCCCGAAGACAACUACCCAAAAGACAACUACUGAGCCGACAACGACAACUGGGAAGACAAUCACCCCAAAGACAACUACUGAGCCGACAACGCCUAAGACGACUACAGUAAAAACCACAACGGCAAAGACAACUAAAGAGCCAACAACUCCCAAGACAACUACAGUAAAGACCACAACGGCAAAGACAACUAAAGAGCCAACAACUCCCAAGACAACUACAGUAAAGACCACAACGACAAAGACAACUAAAGAGCCAACAACUCCCAAGACAACUACAGUAAAGACCACAACGGCAAAGACAACUAAAGAGCCAACAACUCCCAAGACAACUACAGUAAAGACCACUACGGCAAAGACAACUAAAGAGCCAACUACGCCUAAGACAUCUACAGUAAAGACCACAACCGCAAAGACAACUAAAGAGCCGACAACUCCCAAGACAACUACAGUAAAGACCACAACGGCAAAGACAACUAAAGAGCCAACAACUCCCAAGACAACUACAGUAAAGACCACAACGGCAAAGACAACUAAAGAGCCAACAACUCCCAAGACAACUACAGUAAAGACCACAACGGCAAAGACAACUAAAGAGCCAACAACUCCCAAGACAACUACAGUAAAGACCACAACGGCAAAGACAACUAAAGAGCCAACAACUCCCAAGACAACUACAGUAAAGACCACAACGGCAAAGACAACUAAAGAGCCAACAACUCCCAAGACAACUACAGUAAAGACCACUACGGCAAAGACAACUAAAGAGCCAACAACUCCCAAGACAACUACAGUAAAGACCACUACGGCAAAGACAACUAAAGAGCCAACAACUCCCAAGACAACUACAGUAAAGACCACAACCGCAAAGACAACUAAAGAGCCAACAACUCCUAAGACAACUACAGUAAAGACCACAACCGCAAAGACAACUAAAGAGCCGACAACUCCCAAGACAACUACAGUAAAGACCACAACGGCAAAGACAACUAAAGAGCCAACAACUCCCAAGACAACUACAGUAAAGACCACUACGGCAAAGACAACUAAAGAGCCGACAACUCCCAAGACAACUACAGUAAAGACCACAACGGCAAAGACAACUAAAGAGCCAACAACUCCCAAGACAACUACAGUAAAGACCACUACGGCAAAGACAACUAAAGAGCCAACAACUCCCAAGACAACUACAGUAAAGACCACUACGGCAAAGACAACUAAAGAGCCAACAACUCCCAAGACAACUACAGUAAAGACCACUACGGCAAAGACAACUAAAGAGCCAACAACUCCCAAGACAACUACAGUAAAGACCACUACGGCAAAGACAACUAAAGAGCCAACAACUCCCAAGACAACUACAGUAAAGACCACUACGGCAAAGACAACUAAAGAGCCAACAACUGCCAAGACAACUACAGUAAAGACCACUACGGCAAAGACAACUAAAGAGCCAACAACUCCCAAGACAACUACAGUAAAGACCACUACGGCAAAGACAACUAAAGAGCCAACAACUCCCAAGACAACUACAGUAAAAACCACAACGGCGAAGACAACUAAAGAGCCAUCAACUCCCAAGAUAACUACAGUAAAGACCACAACGGCAAAGACAACUAAAGAGCCAACAACUCCUAAGACAACCACAGUAAAGACCACAACGGCAAAGACAACUCCUAAGCCAGCAACAACAACCACGAAAACAACUCCUGAAACGACAUCUCCUGACACGACAACAACCACGCCACCAUCAAAUUCUUCUAAUGCUGGGGGGCAACAGGGUAUUCAUGCGUACCAUCACAUUCAUUAUCAUAAUUUGGUUGAUCCUGGUUUUGGGCUCCCUCCGCUUCCACAACUUCCUCCUCUGCCGGCGCUUCCUUUUCCACCAUUCGGGCUACCUCUUCCUAACCCGCUUCCUCUGCCAUUUCCAGUGCCUAAAUUUCCAGAGUUCAAUUUAACCGAUAUUAGGUUGCCAGAGGUUGCCUUACCAGAAGUUGAAUUACCAGAAGUAUCACUUCCCGCAGUUUCGUUACCGGCGUUACCCGCGUUACCUCCUCCUUUACCAGCAUUGCCAAAACCAUUUGGUGGUUUUCCUAGUUUUUUUUGGAGAUCCCAAAAGAAUGGAAAUUAAGUAAAAACUCGAUUUAGCUAAAUGUUA